CCCCUCAGAGGCCCGCCCUCCUUUCCUCGCAGAUAUUCGGCCUCGGCUCUGUGGCCCAUAUGGUUCUAGGAGAUCAAUUCGGGAGCUUCCUUGGUGUCAACCUGGGUUUUGGCUUCGGAGUCACCAUGGGAGUGCACGUGGGAGGGAACAUCUCUGGGGCCCACAUGAAUGCGGCCUUGACCUUCACCAACUGUGCACUAGGCCGCAUGUCCUGGAAGAAGUUCCCUGUGUACGUGCUGGGUCAGUUCCUGGGGUCCUUCCUGGCUGCUGCCACCAUCUACUGCCUCUUCUACACAGCCAUUAUCGACUACUCGGGUGGAUACCUGACGGUGACCGGUCCCACAGCCACCGCUAGCAUUUUUGCCACCUACCUUCCUGACCACAUGACAUUGUGGAGGGGCUUCCUGGAUGAGGUCAGUGGUCCAGGGCGGGUGCCUGUCCUCAAGCCCGGCCCCCCUCAGGAAGGGGCCAGCAGGCAGCUCCUCACGAGAGAGAGCACAAGAACUCUGGAGGGGGACUGUACCACGACAUGUCUCUGCCAGUGGGUUUGGGCUGGGGGCACUGCUGAGGCCCUGUGGCUUGGCUUGGGGCCCGGGGUGGCUGUCACAGCAUCUGCUCUCCAGGUAUUAGUGACGGGCUUGCUCCAGCUGUGUCUCUUCGCCAUCACGGACAAGGGGAACAACCCAGCACUGCAGGGGACACAGGCCGUGGUGAUCGGCAUCCUCGUUGUCAUCAUUGGCGUGUCCCUGGGCAUGAACACAGGCUAUGCCAUCAACCCGUCCCGGGACCUGCCUCCUCGCUUCUUCAGCUUCCUUGCCGGCUGGGGCACACAGGUCUUCAGGGCCAGGGACUGGUGGUGGGUGCCAGUGGUGGCGCCGCCUCUGGGUGCCUACUUAGGUGGCAUCAUCUACUUAGUCUUCAUUGGCUCCACCACCCCACGGGAGCCCCAGAUGUUGGAGAACUCCCCGGUGUAUGAAGACCGCAGGAUACCCGUGUUGCCCAAGACCACGUCUUACCCACCCAUGACCUCUUCCCUCACCCCCGUCUCUGUGUCCCCCAACAGCCGACCUUCAGUCCGGCCUGUCCCACCCUUAAGGGACUCCAUCCACCUAGAGCAAUUCUAAGUCAGAUGAUUUGUGACCCUAUCCCCACCCCAAUAAAGCAAGCCUUGUCCCACAGCAGCACCCCCACUUCCUGGGGGUCUCCUGUGGUUGGGCUUCCCUCCUGGAUUCUUCCAGGAGUUCCAGGAUUAUGCCCUGGCCAAAGCGGGGAGCAUGGAGCUGAGAGGUCUCCACCUCCUUCCAGCCCUGGGAGCUGCGGUGCCCCCUGGGGGAGGAUGGGGAUGGGCGUGCCCGAAGCCCAGGAGGAACAAGAGGAGAUUAAAAGAUGCCGGACACAGAAUGGUGGACU